AUGUCGACUGCGCAAUCAACAGUGAAAACGGAAAUUCAGGCGGCACUGACUUGUGAGAUUUGUGAAAAUGAUCGUAAACUGAAAUGGAAGUGCAUUGACUGUGGACGCUUCAUGUGUCAAAGAUGCCGAGAUGUAGUCCAUCCAAAAUGGCCAUCGGCUCAGGAUCACACCGUUGUAAAUAUAAAGGAUGUUGGUCGAAAACAAAAAUCGACUGGUACUGAAACACAUAAACUAGACUUUACCAAGCUAAAAUGUAGUAAACAUGCGGGACAAAACUCCUGUCUUUUUUGCAAUUCUUGUGGCAAGCUUGUGUGCGCGACAUGUGUUGCUAAAACCCACAAGAAACACGACUUGUUAGAAAUUAGCGAAGGAUAUGAAAAUCGUAUUGAAAGUAUUACAAAUGAACAGAAGACUAUCGGAAAGAAAAUCAAAAUCCUAAUUGCAGCGACGAAAAAGCUAGAGGAAAGAAAGACAUGUGAGCAAUCUACAUAUGAAAAGGUUAAACAAGAAGUUUUUAACUUUGAAAAAGUUUUGGUUGAACAGAUAAAGCAACGAACAAAUCAAAUUGUUGCUGAACUUGAUCAGAGUCUCAAAACAUUUACAGAACUAGUUGCCAAAGAAGAAAGGGAGGCGAAGAGAAAAGAAAGGACGUUGAAAGAAAAACGGGAUGAACUGGUGCGAUUAACGGAAACACGAAAUGCUCAAGAGGUAUUCUCUUUCUCAGAAUCAUUGGAGCCAUCCUUUGAAGUUAACGUGAAGACUUCAUUUCCAAAUAUACCAACCUUCUGUCCGGGAGACUUAUCAAACAUUGAACAUGGUAGGCUGGAAAACAGUAUUUCAAAAGACAUCAAAUUACAGGUCGUCACUCAAUUUACAAUUGACACCGAGGCUGUCAAUGACCUUGUUUCUUGUCCUGACGGUUCAUUCUGGGUCUAUAACGAUACAUCAAGACAGGUACAAAAGGCAAUCCCCGACGCCGAUACCCUCAAGAUAUUUCCGAAUGUAAAACUAGACAUGAUAGAUAUGUCUUCUUUCUCUAAUGGGGAAAUUCUUGCAUCAAUUCUUGAAUCGUCCAACCUAGUGUACAUACAGCCUGAUAAACAAAAAGUACAGAAUUCAAAUUUCAGUGUCGCUCCUUUAGCUACACUUGCCGUUCACAUAACUCGUGAUGAAAAGGUUAUAGUAGGGGCAGCCGAGAAAGGGGGUUGGUUUCCAAUUCAAGGACCAGGACAACUGAUCAUAAUGGACCAAACAGGGCGUUGGAGAAAACUUUUUGAAGUUGACAGCAAAAACAAACCGUUAUUUAGUGUACCAGUCCGUGUAACUACCAGUAGUGACAGUAACAUGGCUGUUAUAGAUGUUAUCUCUAAUGAUUUAUUAGGGAGAAUCAUCGUGCUGAAUGAAGGAGGGAAGGUUUUAAACAUCUAUACUGGAAAUCCACAGAUAAAUAAUGAACAUUGCCCUUUUAGUCCAAUGGACAUUGUCACUUCACAAUCGGAUAGUUUUGUAAUUGCUGAGAGUUAUAAUUGUUUUCUACAUAUUCUUAGUAGUUCAGGAGUUUUAAUGCAAUAUAUAGAUAUUAAAAAGGUUGGAAUAGAACUACCGAAGUCUCUGGCUGUGGAUUAUAACGGACACUUUUAUAUUGGAAGUGAAAAAAGUAAACAAAAAGCCAAAAUAUUUGUCCUGGAGAAUUUCUAAUUUGAAAAAUAUAUUUUGAAAAUAAAUCCCAGAUUCAUUGUUUUCGUUCUAAUCU